ACAGGCAAGAGCCAGCCGGUGGCGCUACAGCUGCGGAAGAGGCCUGCUAUCUGAGGCUCGUCAGGAGGGCCCCGGAGGCUGGAAACGGAACCCAGACAUGUCGGAACGGGGCUGACGCUUCCUCACCGCCCCAGGAGUGAGGUGGGCGGCGGCAACGACUACAACUACCACGGCUGCAGCUGCGCUCACUGCCCUUAGGCCCCGCGAGAAGAGCGGGAACAGCAGAAGUGGGUGGCGACAGCGAAGGAGGAGGAAGAGGUGGCUGAGGUGGAGGCAACCGCGGUGGCAGACUGGGUCCCUCCUCGGGAAGAUGAGGCGGAGGCCCGGGGAGCUGAGCGGGCUGAGCUGGGGUGCUUUCCUUUCAGCCACCAGGGCAAGAUGGCAGCGGCCGAGGAGGCGGUGGCAGCAACAGCAACCACAGAGGCUAAGCCCGGCUUGAGAGGCGCCUCCUGGUAGAAGCGCUCCGGACAUGCCGAGGGCUGCGGCGGCAGCAAAGGCAGCGGGGACUAUAGCGCUGCCGGAUCUGUGAAGGUGAGAGACUGGAAGGAAGACAGCCAGCCAGCCAGCCAGCGCGACCAGUCUUCUUUUCCUCUCCUCUCCCACGGCGAAGUUGAUCCGCCUCCUUUUUCUUGCCUUGUGUUUGGGAAGUUGUUGGGAGCAAAAUUGGUGCUGAAGGGGGGGGGGGGGAACCUAGGAGGAUUAUUUUUUUCUUUCACCCUUGAACUCCAUUGCCUCUACAGCGAUUUUUUUUUUUUUGAACUCCUUUGUUUUACAUAGGGCACAGGGACCUCAUAAAUAAAGGGCUUUCCUUGAGGAUUGCGUUUGGAAUGUGAUCUAAUUGUGUUGCCAUCUUGGCUGCUCCUUUUCUGGUAUAGUGGUGGAGUUUGGGUUUUCAGAAGGGGUUAGAGAGUUCUCAUGCAAUCAGACCCUAUGCGUGUUGACUCGGAAGCCACACUCAAUUGGACUUAAUUCACAAACAAAAAUGCAUGGCCUUGCUGCUUUAAAGAGAGUGGAAUAAUUUAUCGGGGCUUUAUCUCAUUCUCAGCUAGGUCUCAGCCACUUUCUAUGCCAGUAUUGAGCCCUGGAACAAGUGAAGUAGGCGUAUAGUGUCUGCGUGUACAGACUACUUGGUGGUUCAGCUGGAGUGGCCCACAACGAGUCCCUUGCAUCUGGGGUGAGGAGAAAGGGUUGUUAGGUAAGAGGGCAUGGUUUCCAAAGUAGGUUUGAAGCCUGGCGGCUUUCAAAAAACUACACCCACCAAGGUGCACACGGUAAAAAAAGUUUUGAAUUCUGGUAUGGAUCGAUGUAACUAAUUUUGGCAAACUUCUGUUUAACACUGCUGCACCCCCCCCCCCCCCGUGUCACCUUUAAAAUGUUUACAGGGGACGGAGGCUUUCUGUCACCAACAGAAAUGAAAGGAAGCGGUAGUGUAUAAAUAGUAUAGUCCUAUUCUACGCAUUCAUCUCAUGUCGUUUUGGGUAGCGUUUUCCCCCCCUCCAGGAACCAGAAUUUUCUUUUAUGCUUUUUCGCUCACUUCCCCGCCCCAUUUCAUUAUACUCUCGCUAGAUGAGCCUGUUCGGUCUGUGUAAAACUAACCUUUAGGAUUCCUGCGCAUGAAAGAAGAAAUGUGACACGACUGCUCCGCUUGCAACUUGCUGGGGCAGCAGGAAGGCGUGGUCGCUGAGUACUCUUGUUACCAGGGAUUAUUGCUUUCCUUUGGGACUCGGAGGUAUGGCCUCACAAGUCUUGGUCUAUCCACCAUAUGUUUAUCAAACUCAGUCAAGUGCCUUUUGUAGUGUGAAGAAGCUUAAAGUGGAGCCAAGUAGUUGUGUGUACCAUGAAAGAACUCACCCACAGAUCUAUGUGAAUGGUAAAAAAUUUGGAAUUGCUCAGCCUCCCAGCAGGAUUGGUACUUUCUCGCAGACACCAAACCUAUUUGACAGACCUCAGAGAGAGCCUUUUUUGCUGCAGACCAGUGGUGUUGCUUUAAAAAAUAUUGCAGGUGCUACAAAGAUAUUAGCAGUGCGGGCACAGCAACCUCAAGGGGAAGCACCUUGGACUGGGACACAGGAAAGUGAAUUAAAUGCCUUGGACCGCCCCCAGCGAUGUGGACUGAAGCGUAAGAGUGAAGAGUUGGAGAAUCAGAGUGGCGCAAUGCAGAUUGUUGAUGAACUGCCUAUAUUGCCUGCAAUGUUGCAAACUAACUUGGGGAACCCAGUGACGGUUGUGACAGCUACUGCAACUUCAAAAGCAAGUGGUACCAAUGGUGAUGGUGAUUAUCAGCUAGUACAUCAUGAGGUGUUAUGCUCUGUGAAAAAUACUUACGAAGUUCUUGAUUUCCUUGGCCGAGGGACUUUUGGACAAGUUGUAAAGUGCUGGAAAAGAGGAACAAAUGAGAUAGUGGCAAUCAAAAUUCUGAAGAACCAUCCAUCUUAUGCACGUCAAGGACAAAUUGAAGUGAGCAUAUUAGCAAGAUUGAGUACUGAGAAUGCUGAUGAGUUUAACUUCGUGAGAGCAUACGAGUGCUUUCAGCAUCGCAACCAUACCUGCUUAGUUUUUGAAAUGUUGGAACAGAAUUUAUACGAUUUUCUGAAACAAAACAAGUUUAGCCCUCUUCAGUUGAAAGUAAUACGGCCUAUUCUGCAACAAGUGGCCACUGCACUGAAAAAACUAAAAAGUCUUGGUUUAAUACACGCUGACCUCAAACCAGAAAACAUUAUGUUGGUAGAUCCUGGCCGACAGCCAUAUAGGGUUAAAGUAAUUGACUUUGGGUCUGCCAGCCAUGUAUCAAAGACUGUCUGUUCAACAUAUUUGCAGUCUCGGUACUACAGAGCACCAGAAAUCAUAUUAGGUUUGCCGUUUUGUGAAGCCAUAGAUAUGUGGUCGCUGGGCUGUGUGAUUGCGGAACUAUUCCUUGGAUGGCCACUAUAUCCAGGAGCUCUUGAAUAUGACCAGAUUCGUUACAUUUCGCAAACGCAAGGCUUGCCUACAGAACAAUUGUUGAAUAUUGGGACGAAGACCUCACGAUUUUUCUGUAAAGAAACAGAUGCACCAUAUUCUGGUUGGAGAUUAAAGACACUGGAAGAGCAUGAAGCAGAGACAGGCAUGAAAUCUAAAGAGGCUCGAAAGUAUAUUUUCAAUAGUUUGGAUGAAAUAGUGCAUGUGAACAUGGUGAUGGAUUUGGAAGGAAGUGAUCUGUUGGCAGAGAAAGCAGACAGAAAAGAGUUUGUUAGCUUAUUGAAGAAAAUGCUAUUAAUAGAUGCUGAUUUAAGAAUCACCCCAGCUGACACAUUGAACCAUCCUUUUGUAACCAUGAAGCACCUCCUGGAUUUCCCUCAUAGCAACCAAGUGAAAUCUUGUUUUCAUAUCAUGGACAUUUGCAGAUACCGCUCAAGUUCAUAUGAGUCAAAUAAUCGCAAUAAAACAACACACAUGAGACCAGUUGCCUCAGGCAGUUUACCAGGUCUGACUGCUAAUUUCCCAAAGAUUGGCACAGUACGAAGUCAGACAUUAGCUGCAUCUGCCCAUUCUAUUAUGCAUCAUGGAAUACCACUACAAGCAGGAACUGCUCAGUUUGGUUGCAGUGAUGCUUUUCAGCAAACUCUGAUAAUAUGCCCGCCUACAGUCCAAGGCAUUCCAACUAAUCAUGGGAAGCCUAAUGGUUACUCUGUAAGAGUAGAUAAUACAGUGCCACUGGUAACACAAGCCCCGCCCCUACAGCCACUCCAGAUACGAGGGGUCCUUUCUCAGACCUGGUCUAAUAGAACACAGCAAAUAUUGCUUCCAGCAUGGCAACAAGUAACCCCUGUGGCUCCUGCUACAACACUAGCCUCUGAUUCAUGUUCACAAAGGCUUGGAGAUUGGGGGAAAGUGAUUUCACAUGGCAGCCAUUACAACUCAGUAAUGACACAGUCUCUUUUAACCAAUCAAAUAACUUUAUCUGCCCCUCAGCCAAUCAGUGUGGGCAUUGCGCAUGUUGUCUGGCCUCAGCCCACAUCUACCAAGAGAAAUAAAAUGUGCCAGAACAGGAGUAAUGUGUUACAAAAUACCAAUAUCCAAAAUUCAGCAUUUGUGUCUCCAAAGAUAAUUAAUGUGAAGGCUGGUGAGAAACUAAGUUGUGUAGAAACACAGGACAAUCAUAAUUCAGAGGGACAGGAAAGCAACUAUUGCAAACCAUCUGAUGGGCUGGACCCUGAUUCAUCUAUUUCAAACAAACAACGGCAGGCUAUCAUCAUUGCAGAUUCCCCAAGUCCAGCAGUGAGUGUGAUUACUAUCAGCAGUGACACAGAUGAAGAUGAUGUGGCACAAAGGCAUUCACUUGCAGAAUGUAAUGGUAGCCUUGAUUGCGAAGCUUGCCAGAGUACUCUAAAUAUUGACCGUGUGUGUUCAUUAAGCAGUCCUGACAGCACUUUGAGUACCAGCUCUUCUGGACAGUCCAGUCCAUCUCCUUGUAAAAGGCACAACAGUAUGUCAGAUGAUGAUCAAGAAAGUGGCUGUGAUACUGUGGAUGGCUCCCCAAGUUCAGACUCUUCAGGCCAUGACAGCCCAUUCCUAGAAAACAAUUUUGCCGAAGAUACCAGGGAAACCCCAGAAACAAGAACCUCAACAAACAUGAAAGCCAAACCAGCUAUCUGCACUGUGGUGGUGCCACCAAUAACGAUAGAGAACAGAUUAGAUACAGAUGAGCAAAUGAUACGCAAAGAUGCCACUUGCCAACCAUUGGUAAAACGUCGAUCUGCCCGUAUAAAAACAAACCACCUUUCUGACUUUGGUAAUCGUCAACGAAAAUUGACAUCAGGAUUCCAUCAGCAGCACUCAAACCUCAGUCGGGUUCAACACUAUGGAUCUGGGACUCAGGAGUGGAAUGGAAACUGUGGACCCUGGAGACAGCAGGCCUAUAUCCCAAUCAAUGUUGCCAGUCAUGCAUUCUCUCUUCAACAUGGAAGUCCCACUCAUACCUCGGUUCACGCACAUUUGGCUGGAAGUGCGCAUCUUGGAGGACAGCCUGCUAUUUUACCUUAUCCAUCAUCUGCACCUCUUAGUACUGCUGCUCCUGUUGCCCACAUCCUAGCCUCACCAUGUACCUCAAGACCUAUAUUACAACAUCCCACUUACGGUAUAUCUCAUCACAAUGGCAUAGUUCACCAAGUCCCAGUGGGCAUAAAUCCCCGACUGCUACCCUCCCCAACCAUCCAUCAGACUCAGUACAAACCGAUUUUUCCACCACAUUCUUACAUAGCAUCACCUGCUUACACAGGAUUUCCAUUGAGUCCAACAAAACUCAGUCAGUAUCCAUUUAUGUGAGAACUCAAAUUCAGUAUGCUGAGGAAGCUCAAUUAAACAUGCGUUGAUUUGAGAGAAGAACAUGGUAUUUAAUAAAUAUUAGCCAUGGCACAAUAAAAUUAUUUUUUUUAAUCAUGUUAGACUUGGGUGCAAUUUAAACAACCUUGAGCUUUAACUCACUUUUAAUGUGUUUUUGCACAUUUGGUAUAACUUGUCUUUAGUCAUGUUAUCUUCUUAUAGAGUAACUCCAGGCAGGUGACUUACGGGAGCAGAAAACCAGUUUUGCUCCUACUAUUUUUUAUACAAUUGCCUUCUAACUAGUGCAAGACACGUCUACAUUUGGGAAGCCAUUUGAGUGUACAGAUUUAGAGCAACAGAUGCACAUGUGUCAUCAGUAUCAUGUAUGAGUAAUUUGUUUGUAUUAUGUAUCUUGGUGUUCUGUGUUGAAUCACUUAUGUAAAGAGGUUGAGCUGUUAUUCACAUCGCAUGUGUCCUUUUGCAUGGGCAAAAAUGAAGUUGCCUAGAAAAUUGCUCUUAAAUGUUGGUGUCCUAAUAAUCUCAGCUGCAUUGUAAACUGUUCCCACACAUAGUGCCUUAAAUAUUUGAGGUUGUCAAUGUUACUAUAUUAUAAAUGUUGAGGACUGCAGCACUUAACAUUCAGAUUUGCUGAUUAUUUGAUAAAGUAAUGCUCUUUUUUAGUUGUGUGUGUGUUUAGUAUGAUUUUAGUACUGAGUGUGUUUUGUUUAUCUUGAAGGCAGCAUGUUUUCCUGUUGCUGAAUUCUGCUGUCUGAUACCUUUUCCCAGAAUGAUCAGCUUUAAGAAAAGCAUUUUGUAGUGCUUUAGGAAAAGUUGAUUCAGUAGCCGUUUAAAAAAAACAAAAUAAAAUUGUGUUUUAUACUGUUCAGUGGAACUGCAAUACAAUCUAAGUAGUUUAUUUUCAAAGUGUUUAUGUCAAAUUGGAUUUUAUAUCCUGUUUAGAGGUGCAGUAGGCAUGACUUGGGUAGAUUAUGAAAGAAAAAAGCAAAAUGCUAAUUGAUUCAUGCUGUGGUUUCAUCUUAGCUUGAACAAACCAUGCAGUAUUUAAUAAAUAGUAGCGAAAUAUUUACUAUUGAAGCUUGAAAAGAUGUGAGUACUUUGUGUGCAAUUUUUCAUUUAUGCAUGAGAGAGAUUUUAGUCUUUUUACAUUAUAGUAUUUGUUCUAGCCUUUUGGGAUGUUUUCUUAUUUAAUACAUUCCGUCAGGGACAAUAAAUUACAUGCUUUUUACCCUCCUAGGAAGUGCAUCUUUUCUGUGUGGUUAGGUUUUUUGUUCAUGUUCAAGUAAAAUUGCUUUUGCAGCACCAAAGACUUAAUCAUCCAUUUCUUAUAAAAGGUAGCUACUUUUUGAUAGACCUCAAGUAUACUGUAACUAGUGUUAGCAAUGGGUUUAAAGGAAGGUAUUAAAGUGAGGCUGUGUUCUAGUUUAUGAGGCAAGUAAUAAAUUGUAUCAUUUAUCUUGAAUGUAUCAUAGAUAAAGCUGCUAUAUAAUGAUUGCCACUUCAGAUAGCUGUGAAAUGAGGUGAUUUAACUAGUUCUUAGCCUUCUAUCUUCUGUAUGUCUAAUUACAUGAAAUGGAAGGAGGGUUGAUUUUGUUCUGUUUGCUUUCAUGUUUGGAGUGUUGUAACUAUUAUAUUGUAAAUGAUGAAAGGAAAAGCAUAUGUUAUUUUGGGGUGUGUUAUUUGCAUCAGUAUUUUAUCUCCAUUAACUAUCACUGCAUAUAAGUGGGUGUAUCCAUGUAAUUUAAUUUUUAUGUGUUCAUAUUCUCAUUGUGUAGACACUUAAAACUGUAUCUUGGUGGCUUGACUUUUUAUAAACAAAAGUUUCUGGAAUAACAGUUCUUACAGCAUGGACUGGAAUAAGAAUGCAGAGUGCUUCUUAAGGACAAUCCUAAACAUAUUUACUCAAAUCCUUUUGUGUUCAAUGGGGCUUACUUCCAGGUAAUUGUGCUUAGGAUUGCAGCCUCAGUUACUAACAGGUUUGGGGUUUUUUGUUCCAUUAACACAAGCAGUGUUUUAUUUAAUGUAUAUGUAAAUGAAAUGAAUGUACCUACAUUUGAUUUCCUUUUCAGGACUGAAAUACAGCAGUAUUCAUAAAAACCAAAAACCAGCAGUACAUUUUAACGGCUGAAAAUGAAAUUAAAUUCUAAUAUUUCGUACAAGUUUUUGGGCCACAGCCUGAGAGCCACAGGUGUCAUUUUCAUGUCCAGUGAAGCUUUUCAUCUACUGUUCUUUUUCUAGAAAGUUUCUGUCUUGCAUCAGAAAAAAAGUUUUUUAAAACUUUGUGGAAUUUUCAAAAAAAGUUUGCGAUACAGCAUGAGAGGUUGCAAAAUGAAGAGUAAAAAGUUCCACUGGACAUGAAUAAGUUCUGGAAGCUACCUAAAGGAGUUCUUUGGAUUUUGGCUUCAGUGGUUUUUCAUAAAUAGUCUUUUAUAUAAAUACAAAUUUUGUGUGUGUGUGUGUGUGUGUAUAAACAAGAAUAAUCUGACUUAAGUGCAACAUUUUGAGCACAUACUAAAGUUUUAGAUGAAGUCGAGAGAACAGUCAAGCAGACCCUGCUCCUCACUGUUUGUGGUUCAGCAAAUUCUGAUUUCCCGUUAACUCCAUGGCAUUGAGAAUUGGGGUUUCUUGGUGUGAUUUCCAUUGCUGGCAGUGGACUCAGUACAGAUUAUGAGCACCAGAAGUUAACUUUUCUGUAAAGAUAACAGUUUUUUUUUUUAAAUUUGCUUGGACCCUUUCUUGCUCUUAAAUAUUUAUUGUACUUUUAAAUUAUACUUAGGAUAUAAAGCUAGCUUGGGACAUUAAGCCACGCUGAAAUAUGAAACCUCUGCUAUUCACAUGCCCCAAGUGAAGCUCACGGCUCUUAAUGAAUAGUAACAAAGUGACUUUAAUUCUUUCAUGAUGAUAAAAAGGAAACUAAGAUCUGCUACAGUUUACAUAAUAUAUGACUCUGUAACCAGUUCUGUAAUGAGAAUUCCAGUGAAGUACCAGAAUUUUUGCCAUCUCUGUAGUUUGAAACUCCUACUCCACAGCAAUUUUAUUGACUUCAGUUUGCUGUGAAAUAAAUGACUUAUGGCUUCAGAGGGCCAACUGUGUGUCAAUACAGAACUGCCUGCAAGACAAGGGUAUAAAUCUGGAAAAGCUGUUCCAUAGACUCAUUUUAUUGAUCCAUUGUCUUUUAAAUAAAACACUGCACAAUGACAAAAUUGCAUACUAUUUUUAAUUUGGAGAUUAAUUUUAUAAGACUUCCUUGUAUUCAUUUUUUAACUUUAAUUCAGGGUGUGUUACUGAUCAAAUGUACUACUGUAUUAACUGUUUUUUUUUAAUAUUCUCUAUUUACUGCUAAUUUUAAGUUGGUUUGUGUUGAGUAAAAGCUAAAUCACACUGCAAGCUGUAGAAAGAUUUGUUUUAGAACUAAUGAUAUAGAUUUGGUUACUAAGUUUGAACUGUUACAGUUUAACAAUUAUUUGUAGACUUGUGGCUUUUUGUUCUUGAUUUCUGUGCUACACUAGUUUGCCAUGUAGCAAUUGCACUGUGCAAUAUUACAAUAAGAGGACUGGGAAAAUUUUUAUGGAUGUAAUGUUUCUUACAGUUUGCGAUAGUAUUUCUCUCUAGUUCUCAGUGAUUUAAAUGUGACCAAGCCUUCUGUACUUUGUCACAAAAAGCGGGUUUUCCAGGUGACUAUUUUGGUGAGUGUCAAAAUAAGAAUUUAUGGUGUAUUACUGUCAAGAUUCACUUUGAAUUAAAAUAUAUAUUACAGCAA